UUUUUAUUUCGUAGAAAUUUUUUAUUUAAAUUUUAAUAAAAUUGGUCCAAGACAAUGACGGACUAUACUGAUAUGCAAAUGAAGGAACGUGAAAAGUAUUUGGCUCUAGAUGAAGAUGAAUUACUUGCUGGAUUAAAUGAAGAUGAAUUAGAACAACUUGAACUGGAACUGGAGGAACUUGACCCUGACAAUGAAUUAUUACCUGCUGGUAUGAGACAGAAAGAUCAAACAAAGAAAAAGGCCACCGGAAAACUGAACAGAGAAGAAUUGAUGGACUUUUUAGAAAGUGAAGCAAAAUUGAUAGAGGAUGUUGAAGAGACUGUCCCAUAUCAACCUGGAGUGAAAAGAGGGAAAGUAUUUGUGCAGCAGGAAAGUGUAGAAGGGGUAUUAAGGCCUGCUAAUUUGGAUCCGGAGUUGGAAGAAGCCCUUGAUAAUGCAAGUGAAGCAGAAUUAACAGAUAUUGCUGCCAUACUUGGUAUGCACACAUUGAUGAGCAGUGACCAGUUUUACAGUUCUAUCAAAUCAUCAAAGAUUGCCAACCAGUCUGGUUUCACCAGUGUAACGAAAUGUGAUUUGAAAGUUUCUCCUAUCAAUGAGCCUCCUAAUCCAACGGAUGUCGAUAAAACCUUAAAACUGUGUCAAGAAGAUGAUGCUGAGCUUACUGACAUCAAUUUGAAUAACAUAAAAAAUAUCCCAAUACACACUUUGAAAGCAUACUGCGAAGCCUUGAAGACAAACACUCAUGUUAUUUCGUUUUCUCUCGUCAACACAAGAAGUAAUGAUGCAGUGGCAGGCGCAAUUGGUGACAUGCUGAAAAUAAAUCGGGUUUUGAAAAUACUGAAUGUUGAAAGUAACUUCAUGUCUGGUGAUGGUCUUCAAAGUAUAUUAAAAUGUUUGACGGAAAACGACUGUAUUGAACAACUCCGAGUUGACAAUCAGAGGUCUCAGUUUGGUAAUAAAGUAGAAAUGGAAAUGGCUGAUUUCAUCACUCAAAGUUCAACGUUGCUCAAGUUCGGUUAUAACUUCAGAUUGCAAGGUCCACGGUCCAUAGUUGCUGCACACUUGCUGAAAAAUAAUGAUGCUAAACGACUGACGAGAGUCGAAUUCAAUCCAUCGAGCGUAGUCACAAAAACUGUUUACAAGAAGAAGAAAUGAUUUUGAUUCAAUAUUUUUUUUAUUUUAUGAUGUCGAAAAUACUGUACCUAACGAUUCUGCUGCUUUUUAUGAUUAGGACUUUCUCUCGGAUAUUUAUCAUCAGGACUCUCCAAGCAUUUAACACUUAUUAUGUAUUUGAUCGUGAAUUACUCGUUAGGUAAAAAGUACCUAAGUGGUGAGAUAUCUGCAUUAAACUAUGUAACUGAAAAUUUUUAAUUUUGGAAUAGUAAAUGGUUAGUGCAGUUUAGUGGCAUUUUCAUUGCUAUUUAGUUGUGAUUUCGCUGCUAAAAAGGCAUUUUUAUGUUGUGUCGCAUAGAUGAAUGAGUUACAUGAAUACUUUAAAUUGGUAUGCAGCUAAAAAGCAAAAAAUGCAAUGCAGUAGUAUUUUUCUUCAUUACCGUGUACUGAUAGUUGAGAUUUGAAAAAUGUUGAGGGUGUUAUAGGGAAUCUGUUGUAAAGUUGGUUUAUGUAAUUUCUUAUAAGCCGGAUAUUUUCAAUAUCUUACUAAAUUGGUCAAAAAUUUUACACCAGUUCAAGUUUUAAGAGUUUUCAAAAUAUUAUCGAUAACAUUCGUCGCACAUUUCAAUUCAAUUUGAAUCAAUGAUAAUAAAUUUCAAUAAACGUCAGUAGAGCAGUAGUAGGACCAUGGUCUGGCGACAUAUGAACAACAUAUAAACAUUUUGUGCCUUAUUUUCUGGAAGCUUGUCGUGAUUUUGUUGCAUUUUAAGUUUAAUAAAAAUUAUUUUUCGAUUGAUUUUUAGAUUUUUGGUGAUACUUGCUUGAGCUAUGUAUUGUAUUUUCUCUCAUUAUUCUAAUAGUUCUGAUGAUAAUAUUUCUGAUGAAGGGUAAAAGUGUUUUCUUGUUUAGAGCUAUUGCACUCUGCAGAUGUGGAGCUCAUUAUUGCCUCUUGAGUGUUAUUUCGACACGUUUUCUGAGUGCUGUCAUUUCAAUGCACAUAGCAGCUGUCCUUUAUUCAUUUGCACCCUUGUUUUAACGCCCUUUUAACUGAUCACGUCUAUGUUCUAUUAAGAAUAAAUGCUUUUCUAAUUUACUCAAUCUGUGUUAAUUAAUAUGAUUGAUAUGUUUUUGAGCUAAGGUGUCUUAUAGACCUUGCACUGUACAUUAAUAUAUUCGAAAUUGCACUUUAAUAAUAACUCUUGCAUGAUAUUGUAUAUAAAUGCAAAAUACAUUCAGUACUGGUAUCCAUA